CUCAGGACUGGGAUAUAGCACUCCCAGUCCAGUGUGUCAGGAAACGAUUCUGCGUAUAUAUAUCCAUAUUCAGUCCACCGAGCUCUGAGUCUACUUUCUUGCUGUACAAAGGCCGAGUUCUGAAGAAGACCCCAUCUCUAUCAUCUGGGUUCUAUACAGUCGCAACGAUGCCGAACGUCCUAUCGACAAUUGCUGGCUUGCUGGCUCUCGUACACGCUCUUCCUGUGCCAGACGCCGAGGCAGUCGCCAAGCCAGACUCUCCCAUUGCUGCUGACGGCUAUCCUUGGGGAUAUAGCAGCCUAGAUGUCAAGAAGAGAGAGGCUGUGGCCAAGCCAGACUCUCCGAUUGCUGCUGACGGCUAUCCUUGGGGCUAUAGUAGCCUAGAUGUCAAGAAACGAGAGGCUGUCGCCAAACCAGACUCUCCGAUCGCAGCUGACGGCUAUCCUUGGGGCUAUAGUAGCCUAGAUGUCAAGAAACGAGAGGCUGUCGCCAAACCAGACUCUCCGAUCGCAGCUGACGGCUAUCCUUGGGGCUAUAGUAGCCUAGAUGUCAAGAAACGAGAGGCAGUCGCCAAGCCAGACUCGCCAAUUGCUGCUGACGGCUACCCUUGGGGUUAUAGCAGCCUAGAUGUUAAGAAGUGAGAAAGAAGCAGUUGCUAUGCGAAAGGGAUACGUUUCGUACUAGGCAGUGUGCUGUUCACACUCCUUCCUUCAUAGUCCUUACCUGCCUGUUCUAAUGAGCACCUUCGUUUGUAUCCGCCAACUGCGAUAGUAUGAGUUUUAGGCAUCAGAUACUCUCAAUAUGUUAUUGUGCUCCGCAACCGAUUUUGGUCGAGGUCUGGCGGAAAACUCCUUCUU